GCUAGCUAUUGAGGCACAAUUCAAUAACAGCAGACAAAAACAAUAUGCCAUACUCACUGAAGCUCAGGAACGUAUUGAUUACAGGAGGCUCGAGAGGACUUGGUGCAGAAGUCGCUCGGAAAUUCGCGGCAGAGGGCAGCAACGUCACGAUCAAUUACCACAGUCAAGAAGCCCCAGCUCAGGAACUCGCCAAGGAGAUUGAAUCGAAAUACAAUGUCAAGACUCUCGUGAUUCAAGGAGACGGCGGUGUUGUCGAAGACAUCAAGAAAUGCGUCCAAGAAACUGUGAAAGCCUUCGGUGGCCUCGACAUCAUCAUUGGCAAUGCCGGCUGGACGAGGUUCUCAAAGUUCGAUGACUUGGAAUCAAUGUCCUACGAAGAAUGGGACAAAUGCUGGAACACUAACGUCAAAGGCAAUCUUGCUCUGUUGAGAGAAGCAAUGCCCAUCUUUCAGAAGAACCCAGAUGGAGGAGUUUUCAUCAUGACUUCAAGUGUUGCCGGAAAAUCUCUCAGCGGAAGCAGCAUGCCGUACAGUGUCACUAAGGCCGCGCAGAUACACAUGAUGAAGUGUAUGGCGAACACGCAAGGACCGAAGAGCGGUGGAAAAGUCAGGAUCAAUGCUGUUUUGCCUGGACUUUUGUUGACGGACUGGGGGAACAAAUAUGGAGAUGAGAGGAUUAAGGCGUUGACAGAAGCUUCGGCGCUCAAGCAGGAGACAAAGCUGGACGAUUGUGCGCAGGCUUUUGUUGAUGUUGCGAAGAACACGAGCUGGACUGGCCAAGCUAUACAUAUUGAUUCCGGGUUGGUCGUUGGCCAUAUGUGA